AGUGGCCACAAUUUAGGAGAAUUUUGGCCGUGACUUAGGUGGUCCCUAAAGAAUUUAUCAGAUAAUGAUGACACUCACAGAGUCACACUACGUCGUGUGACUCGUGUCGAGAGAAAUGUGGUUAUAUAUCAGUCAAAUAUUGCCAUCUCGAUUUCCCGCAGAGCACCGUCGCCGAGAGCAAAGAGAACUAGUUCCGAUUCGAUCCAUACAAAUCGCAAGAGUGGUCUGGGAAAGACUAUUUGACAAUCAUACGGCUAUAUAUAUAUCAUGCAAAUACAUGGGAUUACAGAAAUCACAUUGCCUAACCUAAUUGAGAACGGCCAAAAUUAUCUAAUCCACCCUCAUAGUGUCCUCAGAAGUCACGAUGGUGCUCUCAAGUCCAAAAGAGCUCCUGAAGCCAGCUAUGCAAAUAAACAUAGAGGAUAGUACAGAUCUCCAACGACUAAGCCAAUUAUGCCUCCCUUCUUGGGAUAACCGUAUUAAGACUCUUGCUCUUCGUCCUGAGAGACCUGAGUACGCGAUCCUUACUGUACAUCCACAAGACACCAAGUGGGUACAGGUUCUGGAGUAUCUUGAAAGAGACAUAUGCUAUAGACUCCACGGACUCACUACGCUUUACCCGAAACCAUCUGUCGGCCGUUAUCUUGAUACUUUAGGUUACCUGCAUACUCUGGCUCCAAAUCUUCGGUCGUCUCUUCAAGCUAUAGCAGCGAUACUCUAUGAUCAAGAAUGCAGUGGUUAUGUAAGAGAUCUAGAGAUGCCGAGAAUAGAGAAAGCAUCAGAAAGAGAACCGACAACUUCAUUCCGGCAAUUUUACCCUAGCCCCAAAAAAUUGUUUCGUUUCGGGAAACGACUCCUAGGACGCCUUUUUGAGCAUAUGCUACUCGUGGACUACGGCAUUGAUCAAGCAGAUAUAUCGGGAAUUGGCCUUGCAUAUAUCUGGGCAGAAGAGCACCAGGAAUUUAACGAUUUUUGCCGGGCUUUAGUUGACUGCGCUCAAUCCUGCAAGCAAGCCUCCUCUACACUUUGCCAAUUCGACACGCUUGCAAAACGACUUAUGGAUCUAAACUCUUCCGAGUCUUCCCGAUACUAUCGAUUUGAUUUUUCAGAUCUAGCUAUUAUGCUCUAUUACUACGAUACGCACCGGCGACCACUUGAGCCAACUAGCUAUAAUAAAGGGAUGACUGGUUACUUUGGGGUAUUACAAGAGCUAAUAUCUGAGGUCCCUCUAAGAGGAACUCAUCGACUACAACGCAAACUGUCCGUUGAUGUUAAUGAACUUAUCCCUAUGGUUGUUAAUUGUCCUUGGCAGAGGAAGAGGAUGAUUUCUAUUGCAGAAGAUAUUGCAGCACAAUAUAGCCUUUGUCUUUACCGCCCGGCCCAAGGUAUAAGCAAACCAAUAUUCGAGAAAAAAUAUAGGGACGGAUUUCUUAUACCAACGAACUGGGUAAAGAGGGUUAAGAAUACUUGUCAGGUAUGGGACGUUGAAAAUCGACACUUUUGGGGAAGAACUGCAGAGCAAAAGCUUGAUAGAAAGGAGCCUCUUUUUGCUCAAAAGGACUUACGGUUAUAUAAGUUCCUUGCAUGGAAUAGCUAGGGCUGUUGUUGAUACAAAACCGAUCCCCGACGAUGGCUGACAGACAUCUGGCGCCUC